CAAUACAAGUUAUGGUUUCCUGCUAAAAAAAAAUCAUGGCGAGCAGGAAAACGUCGCACCGCAUCCGGGAAAAUGGGGAUAAAUAUUCAGUGUUACUGCCGACAUACAACGAACGAGAAAACCUUCCACUGAUAGUUUGGCUGCUGGUGAAAUAUUUUGGAGAAAGUGGGCAUAACUAUGAGGUAAUCAUCAUUGAUGACGGGAGUCCAGACGGCACACUGGAGGUGGCAGAGCAGCUGCAGAGAAUAUACGGACAGGACAGAAUACUUCUACGACCCAGAGCAAAAAAGUUAGGCCUAGGCACUGCCUACAUUCACGGCGUUAAACAUGCAACUGGGAAUUUCAUCUUCAUUAUGGAUGCAGAUCUUUCCCAUCAUCCAAAAUUUAUUCCAGAAUUUAUUCAGAAACAAAAGGAGGGAAACUAUGACCUGGUAUCUGGCACACGAUACAGAGGCAACGGAGGCGUGUACGGCUGGGACCUGCGCAGAAAACUCAUCAGCCGGGGAGCAAACUUCCUGACGCAGGUGUUGCUGAGACCUAAUGCUUCAGACCUGACAGGAAGUUUCAGACUGUAUAAGAAGGAGGUGCUGGAGAACCUGGUGGAGCGAUGUGUGUCCAAAGGCUACGUCUUUCAAAUGGAGAUGAUUGUCCGUGCCCGACAGCUCAACUACUCAGUGGGAGAAGUUCCUAUUUCCUUUGUCGAUCGAGUUUACGGAGAGUCCAAACUGGGCGGGAAUGAGAUCCUGUCAUUUGUAAAAGGACUGCUUGUACUUUUUGCCACAACAUGACCAGACCACCAGGUCCUACAGUGUACAGUAGAAGUAGUUAGCUCCACUUAGAAUUUGAUUUCCAAUAACAUGUCUAUUUCGUGUCUGUAGUGUAGUGCUCAGACGUCUGAGUCCAGGAUAAAGGUUUAAAAUCACCUGCUACAGCUGUUAUUGUUUGUAUAAGAAUAAAAGUUUUAUAACUUGUGGUUAUGCG